AUGUUCUCAGUCUGGUCUGGUUCCAUGUCCCACUGCCGACUAGCUCCUCUUGGCUCCUGGCUGGAACAGCUACCCACUAAACAAUAUUAUGCUCCAUCUACACUCCUGGGACUGGCAGUGAGGAGUCUGCUGAGACAUGAGGCCUUGGCAAUCUCAGCACUGCAGAAGCUGCCCAUGGAGCUCUUCCCAUCCCUGUUCAAGGAGGCCUUCAACAGCAGACAUAUGAAGAUAAUAACAGCGAUGGUGGCAGAAUGGCCCUUCUCCUGCCUCCCUGUGGGGGCACUGAUGCAGGACAAUGAUGUGGUGAUAUUACAAGCUGUGCUGGAUGGUGUAGACAUGUUAUUGAAACAGAAGGUUCACCUGAGAAGGUCAAAGCUGCGAGUCCUGGACCUGAGGAAAGUGUGCCAUGUCUUCUGGGACGUAUGGCCUGGCCUAGAAUGUGGAGAGAGCUCAACAGGGACAUUGAGUAAGGCGAAAACAGAGAAUGACCUACCUAGAUAUGCCCUGAGGCAGCAUUUGAAGGUUGUCACUGAUUUUUUCUUAAAACUUGCCCUGGAUAAAGAGCAAGCAUACUUGCUGCAGUGGGCCCAGCAGCAACAAGGGCCUGUGCAACUGUGCUGUUCCAAGAUGAUAAUCUGUGAUGCUCCUGAGCAGGUUUUCAUGAAGGUUUUGAAUAUUUUCAAGCCACACUACAUUGAGGAGUUGUAUCUAUCCACAUACUGGACUCCAAGAGAGCUGGGUCAUUUUGAACAUUGCUUUGUCCAGAUGAGAAAUUUGCGCAAACUCCAUCUAGCACGUGUUUCUGUUUACAUCAACUGUGCUGUAUAUACCUUAGAAGAUAGAGAGAAGUGUACUACUAGGUUCCUUGCUCAAAUCUCCAAACUCAAAUGCCUCCAGGAUCUCAUCGUCAAUGAUUCCUACUUUUCCAAUAAGCACAUAAAGCAUUUGUUCAGAUGCCUGAAGACCCCCUUGGAGUCUCUGUCCAUCAAACUGAGCCAUAUCCCACCUUCCACCUUGAAGCACCUGUCUCAGUGUCGGGGGAUUUUUCAGCUAAAAUAUCUGACCCUUUUUAGUGCUUCAUUAUUCAACUUAUGUCCCACAGCUCUGCAAGUUCUCCUCAAGAGUGUAGCAGACACUCUGCAAACUCUGGAAAUAAGGCAGUGCUGUAUCAGAGACUCUCAGCACAGUGCCCUGCUGCCUGCUCUGAGCCAGUGCCUCCAGCUAAGGAGUGUCAAUUUCUAUGACACUGUCAUCUCCAUGUCUGCCCUGAAGGACCUUCUGCAAAGCAUGGCCAAUCUAAGCAAGUUAACUGAUGAACAUUACCCUGCCCCACAGGAGUGCUAUAAUGACCAGGGUCAUGUCUUAGUCAACAAAUUUGCAAAUCUGUGUCUUGAUGUUCUGAAUACACUCAGAGUCAAAAGAGAGCCCAAAGUUAUCAGCUUUGCCACAGACGUUUGCCGCAAAUGUCUCCAGCGCUGUGUCUUUAAUGGGAAGACCAGUCUUUGUCGUUGUUUGUCAUAA